AUCUGAAUACUCAUCUUUGUAAUCUAAUUUUCUGUGAGAAAGGAAAAUCCCAAGUUUGUUCUUUAUUUUCCAACCAGAUCAUGGCCAAAGCCAAAACAUCACUUACCAUUCAAAAUUUCCACCAAAUGGCUAGUCUGGUGUCCGUUAAACUAUCUAGCACCAACUUUCUUUUGUGGAAAUCUCAAAUCUAUCCACUAAUUCGAAGUGCUCAGCUUCUCCAUCACCUUGAGGAGGAAGCUCCAGCAAUGACUGUCAUUAAGAAUGACAAAGAGGUACCCAACCAAGACUAUGAAGUCUGGUUAAACAACGAUGGACUCCUUACUAGUUGGUUGCUUGGAACCAUGAAUGAAGAUUCUCUAAGCUUGGUUGUUGGUUCUAACUCAACCUACCAGAUUUGGAAGUGUCUCCAGGACCAUUAUUUGGCGGCCACAAAAGAACAGGAGUUGUAUCUAAAGGGACAAUUGAUUGUCAAGAAAGGUGAUGAUGAAUCUCUUGAAGACUUCAUCAGAAAAUUCAAGAAAACAUGUGAUAGUCUUGCAGCGAUUCAAAAACCCCUUGAUGAUCUUGACAAAGUUUUUCAACUCUCCAAAGUUGUAGGAUCAUGCUAUCAACCCUACAAUCUGGCUGUUCUCUCAAAGGCCCCGUAUCCUACAUUUAACCAAUAUAUUGCAGGAUUACAAAAUUAUGAACAGGAUCUGCAAGUCCAGAAACAAGAAAACAAAAAUAAAGCUCCUGUUUUCAGUCAGGUGUUUGUCGCUCAAAGAGGAAGAGGUCAUCAUGACAGAGGCUAUGGAGGUAGACAUUUUAAUUCCAGGGGAAGAGGAUUUGUCCAAGCUGGUAACUACAACCGGUUCGGUAACCAUAAAAAUCAAUUAGUCAACAAUAAUCCUGCACCCCAGCAACACAUGACGCAGAAGAGAUUUCAGACCAAAAACAUGACAACCCAAGGUGAAAGCUCUUGCCAAAUAUGUGGAAUUAAUGGUCAUAUUGCCGUAAAGUGUUGGUACAAGUUUGAUCAUGCAUAUCAAAGUGAAGAGCUACCUCAAGCCCUUGCAACUCUAUCUUUGGAAGAUGAAAAGGAUCCAAGACAUUAUGCUGACACCGCAGCUAUUGAUCAUAUGACCUCAGAAGCAGGUAAUCUCUUUGUGAAAAGACCUUAUAAUGGUAAUCAAAAAGUUUACACAGGUGAUGGAACGCCCUUGCAGAUCUCACAUGUUGGAUCUAUGUCAGUUGGCCCUUUAAAACUUAAAAAUGUUUUAGUUGCGCCUGAACUCAAAAAAAAUCUUAUUUCUAUUAGCAAGUUUACUGAUGAUAAUAACUGUAUUUUUGAGUUCUCAUCUACUGGUUUUGUGAUUAAGGAUCAAACAACACAGGCAAUUCUGGCCAAAGAUUGUCAAGAUGAAAGGGAGCAUUUUCAGCAUCUACCUGAACCCACAACAGUACCUGAUCCAGCCGGGGUAAUGGGAGUUAUACCUCAACAGCACCAGGAUUCCUCUCCACAACAUCAAGACAAUGCCAACUUGAAUGUUUUAGAAAUUGGGCAAAAUUCCAUGGUCUCACAUCUAGCAGAAAAUCAACAAAACAAUGUAGAUGUGACUAGUGGAGAUCCACACCAAAUUAUUGAAGCUGUGGCUUGGCAUGAAGUCCAAAAUCGAAAUAUUCAGGGAGUCUCACCACCUUUUCAUAACACUACUUCUAUUUCUACUCAUCCUAGGCUUACAAGAACUCGGAUUGGUAUAGAUACAGGACAUGUGAAAACAAUUUUUCCAAAAAAUGCUAACACCAUGAUUACUAAUGACAUAUCUUCUGCAGUGGCUAGAGGCUUCUCUCAAGUUCCUGGAGUUGAUUUUGAUGAGACUUUUAGCCUUGUCCUCAAACCAACCACUCUUUGUAUGGUCCUUGCUCUUGCCACAACAUGUGCUUGGCCUCUCCGACAACUUGAUGUGAAGAACUCCUUCCUUCAUGGUGAACUCAAGGAGACAGUUUAUAUGAAUCAACCACCAGGUUUUGAAGAUCUGACAUACCCUCACUAUGUUUGCCAAUUAAAUCGCUCCAUUUAUGGUCUUAAACAAGCUCCAAGGGUCUGGUUUGACACCUUUACACUACAUCUUUUGAGUAUGGGCUUCUUUUGUAGUCAAGCAGACUCCUUAUUGUUUGUCUUGCAUAAUCCUCAAGGAACAGCCUUGCUACUUCUAUAUGUUGAUGACAUUGUGCUCACGGCAAGCUCGGAUGAACUACUACCGUGUAUUAUUGACAAUCUUAGCCCUAAAUUUGCUAUCAAGGAUCUUGGCACUCUUCGAUAUUUCUUGGGUAUUGAAGUCACUAGCUUUUCUGGAGGAAUUUUUCUAUCUCAAGCUAAAUAUGCUCGUGACAUCCUUACUCAAGCUUCAAUGCUAGAAGCCUCUACUAUUUCUACUCCAUUAGCCAUAAAGGAUCCUGUUACACUACGAGAUAAUGAUCCAAAUACAUUUUGGGAUACGAAUUAAAGAAUGUUAUAUCAUUGCAUAUCCCAAGAGCCAUGCUCUAUUUGAUUAAAUGCUCACAUUGAUUUAAGUUUGGUUAUAUAUCUAUAUAGAUAAGUGUAAUGAAGGAAGAGGAAAACAAAGUGAGAUUCUUCCUUUAAAGGCUAAAACUAUGAUAUCUAACUCUUUUUUGAAAAUGUUGCAAUUCUUGUUCAUGACUUCUUCUUCUCCAGUUCAUUUGAGAGGUUUAUUAUUUUUUUUUUAACGUUUUUGAUAGACAUGUGUAAAAUGAAGUGUUAAAUGUGUU